GCGAUCACUUAUGAUGCAAUGCCUGAAACAGAGACUGACUCGGUGAUUCCCGCGCAGCUCUCCUAUCUCGCCAUCUAUAACCCAACCCUCGGCCCCACCGACGAGACCUUUGAGGACCAGAUCGUGUUCUACAUCUCGAGAUCCGACUUCCUACAACGAGCAGAGGAUCUGGGUGCUGCUGAGCAGGGCAGCACCCCGUUCAAGGAUGACAAGAAUGAGAUGUUGCGCCAGAUAGGCCUGGCGCAGGGGAUGGUGAGCUUUGCCAGUAACUUCUCCUCUGGCAAACCACUUGAGUAUAUCGAGACUGAGAAGGUGCGGGUCAUUGUACUCGAGUUGGAGAAGGACUGGUGGAUUGUUGCAUCUAUCGAUCUUACCCGGUUACCCGCCGAUCUGGCCCAGCACUCAUCGAGCGACAAUCCAAGCUCCCCUUCGUUCCAAUAUUCGGCGAGAGAAAUGGGACCGCCGCAAUUACUCAUUCAGCAACUGCGACGCGCACACUCCAUUUUCCUACUGCUCCACGAUUUUUCCUUAACCGAGCUCUAUAAUCACGUUGGAAGAUCUUCACUCUGUCUCUUCCUUGAACGAUUCUGGGGGAAAUUCACAUGGAAUUGGGAAUUGCUCUUGACCGGAAACCCCAUUGUAGAGAUCUAUAAUGGAAUCAAGCUCGCGGCAGGCGGGGAGCUGGGCAUUGGCGUUGGAGAGGAGGAAUGGGGCAGUGGUGAAAGAGAAGUGCUUGAGGAUUUCAUCGCCAGGACGGACGGCCUGCUGGACCUGGUUGUCUCUAGGUUUGGCGAUCUACCCAGACAAGCCGAAGAGUCUCCAUCGGCACCCAAGUCAAAUAGCGAAGAUGCAUGGCUGGGGGCGGACAAUGAUCCUCGGCCAGCAGAUGGUGUCGUCUUUUCUGGGGCUGGUGCUAUCGACCGGCCUUCUCUGGCUCGUGUAUCCCACUGGAUGGAAUGGAUAUACCGCUAUGGCGACACUGCGUAUGGAAUCGGGCGGGACCCGACCUCGCUACGCCGACGAAAACCGCGGAAACAACGAGCACAGGCUGCUGGCCAACCUGCCACGCCGGAAAGGACACAUACCCCAGGUAUACCUCGUCCUCUUGUCAUGGCCUCGCCACAGCCACUCCCACACUCCCAAAAAGAAAAUACCCCAGAAGGAGGUGGCGGAAGCUCGCCGUCUAGCAAUGAUCAACAAGCGGACAAGGCGGCCUUCGGGACUGACACGGUGAUGAAGUACCUCACUCUUGGAUAUGGCUCGGCGUGGAGUUUUCCCAACAAGUCGGCACCUGCUUCUUCACCAUCUUCACCACUUCCUGAUGAUUCUCCGGCACAGCCAGGUCAAUCUAUUACGGGCAAUGCACAGCAGAAUGAGCACUCAUCAAACAACAUACAGUCUCCAUCGGCCCAGAGGUUUCAAGGUGAUAGGCUCCGGAAUGAGACGAAAAGUAAUGUCCCCGGUCGUUUCGUGCUGGGUCCUCGCGAUGACUUGGACACAUUGGAUGAUCUAGAAGAAGGGAGUCCAGAGCCUGCGACAGAUGUCGGACGACCCAAGAGUCGGAUCGUCCAUCGAACCAUUCAUGUUCGACUGAAGGGCACCCCAAGCGGAAGUUUGAAGAAGCUUCAGGCAGUGAUAUACGUGCAUAAACCCUUCAUGUUCACAUUUCUGUUUGACCCGGAAACGCCAGCUCUAUCAUCUCCAGCACUCUACUCAAGCAUCCACCACCAAUUAGGUCCUCUUCAAAGGCCUCUUCUAUCAUCAACGUCCCCCACAACCGCCGCAUCCCGCAUGCCCGUGUCCGAGAUAGGCAGUGAUCCAAGCAAACGGUUCUCCACACGCCUACAGCCCGUCUACGACAUAGUCUACGACCCCACAAACCUGACCAUCCGCUCCUCCAUCCCCAACAUCCCUGGUCUCGGAGCCCCCAUUCAUCCAACCAAGCCAUCUCGCGCCCCAAGAACCCCCUCGCCCUCCCCAUCUCGCCUACCAAACGGCCCAUCCUGGUCCCGCGUAGAGAGUCUCGCCAUCCACCAGCGCCUCCUAAGCACAUACAUCGACACCCGCUCCCGCCCGCAGGAACUAGAACGCACCUGCAAAACCAGCCGCGGGUGGUGGAUCGUCUGGGUCCGCAUUCCACACCCAACUACCCCCUCGAACCGGCCGCAUGCCCUCUCCUCCGCAUCCUCAUCAGCAGCGCUCUCCGCCCUAACCGAGGACAAUCAGCACCCCAGCCCUUCCCCGUCUCCGUCUCCACCCGAGCCGGUCCCAGAACCACAAGAAGGGUUUCUCGUCCGCAAAGCAAGCGACUCCGUUUCUCCGUCAGGCCAUGCCCGCAUGAGCAGCGGCGCGCGGUUCUUCCGGGAUCUGGGCGGUGCGUCCUCAUCGAAACUUGCUUCGCGAGCUGAUACUACGCCGUCGAAGUUGGUGGAGGGGCUGGGGAUGGAUGCGAGGCGGUAUAUUGAUGGACUUUUGAGUUUGAAUCGGUGA